AUGCCUCCACCACCGCAUACGCGCCCGGAAAAUGUCCUCAAGCGCGCUCAGGAACUCAUCGGGGUGGGCCAGCAGCAGGCCGCUCUGUCCAUCCUGCACGAACAUGUCACAUCGAAGCGAACACGUAACAGCACCAUCACGGCCCUGGAGCCUGUGAUGCUACUGUUUGUGGAGUUGUGUGUGGAUUUGCGCAAAGGCAAAUCGGCCAAGGAUGGCUUGUACAACUACAAGAACACCAGCCAGAAUACGAACGUGGCCACCAUCGAACUGGUGUUCCGUCGAUUCAUCGAGCUCGCGGAACAAAAGGUGCAAGAGGCGCAGGCUAAGGCUGAUGAGAUUUCUGCUCAGGAGGCGGGUCAGACCGGUGAGACUACAGAUGCUUCGCUUGCGAAUGUCACCGAUUUGGAGGCUAUGGAGACUCCCGAGUCCAUCUUGCUCUCGACGGUCUCCGGCGAGCAGUCCAAAGACCGAACCGAUCGAGCCAUUGUCACACCCUGGUUGAAGUUCUUGUGGGAGACCUACCGCACCGUGCUCGACAUCUUCAAGAACAACGCUCGUCUGGAAGUGAUGUACCAGACCACCGCACACCAAGCUUUCCAGUUCUGCCAGAAAUACACCCGCAAGACCGAAUUCCGUCGCCUCUGUGAACUGCUGCGCAACCAUUUGCAAAACGCCGCGAAAUACUCUCAGCAGGUUCACGCCAUCAACCUGAGUGACCCGGAGACACUGCAGCGCCAUCUGGACACCCGAUUUAUGCAGUUGAAUGUGGCCGUUGAACUCGAGUUGUGGCAGGAGGCUUUCAAGAGUGUGGAGGACAUUCACACCCUGCUCAGCCUGUCGCGGAGACAGCCAAAGAAUUCGAUGAUGGCCAACUACUACGAGAAGCUCACUCGCAUCUUCCUCGUCAGCGAGAACUACCUCUUCCACGCCGCUGCAUGGAGUAGGUACUAUAAUCUGCUUACGGUUUCAGCCCGUCAAGUCGCAGCCGGUGCCACGAAGAAGGACAAUCCGACCAACAUCUCCGACGCCGAUUUGUCGAAGGCCGCUUCGUUCGUCUUGCUCUCGGCUUUGUCCAUCCCAGUCAUCAGCACUUCGCGGUCCCGAGGUGCUCUCAUCGACGUGGACGCAGCACGCAGCAACAAGAAUGCGAGGCUUACCAACCUCCUCGGAAUGAGCAGCGCCCCCUCCCGUUCAAUUCUUUUCAAAGAUGCGUUGAACAAGGACAUUUUGCAGCGCGCGAAGCCGGAGAUCCGCAAUCUGUAUAACAUUCUCGAGACCGACUUUCACCCUAAGUCGAUUUGCCAGAAAGUCUCGCCCAUUCUCUCGCAGAUUGGUGCCGAUGAGGAGAUGAAGAAGUAUGUGCUGCCUCUUCAGCAGGUGCUGCUUACUCGUCUCUUCCAGCAACUUUCGCAAGUCUACACGGACGUGAAGAUGGAUGAUGUCCUGGCACUCGCUCAGUUCCCCGACCCCUUCCAGGUUUCCGCCGGCACGAUUGAGAAAUUUAUCAUGAACGGCUGCAAGAAGGGCGACCUGUCUAUCCGCAUUGAUCAUUCGACUGGCAUUCUGACAUUCGACUCUGAUGUGUUCUCAUCCGCCAAGGCCAUGCACCCAGGCUCCGGCGCCGGUUCAGCCGAGUCCGAUGCCAGUUCUGUCCAGCGUCUGCAGAGCACUCCUGCCGAGAUUGUUCGCUCGCAGCUGUCCCGCCUGUCCAAGGCUUUGUACGUUGCCGUCCAGUAUGUUGAUCCUGCCUUCAACGAGGAGCGCCAAAAGUCCAAGCUCGCUGCUCUGAAGAGGGCUGAGGCGGGCGCAGCCAAAGAGCACACCGACCUCAUUGCUCGUCGCGACGUCAUCCAGAAGAAGAAGGAGUCGGCGGCCAAUGCUCAGCUUGCCAAGCAGCGCGAGGAGGAACAGAAGAAGAGGGCUCGCCAAUUGGAACAGCAAGCCGCCGAGACGGAGCGUCUCGCACAAGAGACUCGCGACAGAGAAGAGCGCCGCAUUCAAGCCGAGCGGAAAAAGGUGCAGAGAGAGGAAGCGGCCAAGCAAUUGGAAGAGCUCAAGAAGGGCGUCAAAGGCGUGGACAUCACUGGACUGGACAUCGACGACCUGGACACCGGUCGCAUUCGCAUGCUCAAGCUGCAAGCACUCGAGCGUGAGAAGAACGAAAUUGGUGAGAAGUUGCGUGUCGCUGGCAAGAGGAUCGACCACAUGGAGCGCGCCUACCGCAAGGAGGAGAUCAAGCAUCUUCCGGAAGACUACGCCGCCCAACGCGAUCGGGACUUGAAGGCCUACGAGAAGAGCAAAAUGGAAACUCUGCAGACCGCCGAGCUCAAGCACAAGGAAGAAGUCGCCUUGAAGCACCGCCUCAGCCGUCUCGUAUCGCCUUAUGAAAAGUUCAAGCGUGAGAUCACCGAGCAGCGCCACGCCGAUUUCGAGAAGCGACGCAAAGCUGCCGAGCGCGAGCUGAACGCGCAGAUGGACAAGCGCCGGAGGGAGGUUCGCGAGAGGAAGAUUGCCGAGAAGCGUCGUCUGGAAGAGGAGGAGCGCACGAGGCGCGAGGAGGAGGAGCGAGCGAGGAUCGAAGAAGAGGAGGCUGCGCGUGCAGCAGAGGAGAAGCGGAUCAAGGAUGCUGAAGCCAAGGCCGAGGCGGAGAAGCGCCGACAAGAGCGUGCAGAGACUGCGAGGAAGCAAAUGGAGCGCGAGGAGGAGGCAGAGAGGAGACGUCUCGAGCGCAAACAGCAGGGUGGUGCCGGUGCCGCUCCUCCGCGCUCCUUCGAGCGUCCGUCUGAGCGUCCCGUUGGCGACGCAUCUUCUGGUGGCCCACCACGCUUGCAGCUCGCGGGCAACAGGCCGACGUGGCGCGAACGUGAGGCAGCAAGAGCCCGCGGAGAAGUCCUCCCAGGAGACAAUGCUGCCGCCCCACCAGCUCCCGCAGCCGAGGAGCGAGCUGCUCCUGAGGAAGCUGCACCACGUCGAUCCGGUUAUGUUCCACCAGCACUCCGCGGCAAUGCUCCUGGACCCGACUCGACCCCGCCAGCACCUGCGGAUGCGCCUACCGCGCGAUGGCAGCCACGAGCUCGGGGUCCCGAGCGCGAGGGCAAUGAUGGUGCAGUGGCGCCAACGGAGAACGCAACCGCGCGAUGGCAGCCACGCGCCAGAGGUCCUGAGCGUGAUGGCAAUGACGGUUCAACACCACCUCCACCUAGCGGUGGCGCAUACCGUGCACCUGGUGCCAGUGGUGGAAGCGGAGGAGCCUACCGUCCACCAGGGCGGAGAUAGGGUAUCGCGCAGGGUGUUUGUUUAGCAUUGUGACCGGCGUUGAUGAAACAACUACUGCAUCCGGGGUUUUGGGACAUGGACACGCGUGUUGACAGUAGUCGUCGUCGUCGCAUGACCUGGCCGCAGUAUAUCAGCAGCAGAAGUUCAUAGCACGUGGAAUGUGAACGAUCGUAGACAGUG